AUGAAACUGACUUUGGAUGAGCUGGAGGCCAAACGCUUGAAGGGUAAUCCUCGACGUUUUAACCUGCCUCGUCUGCCCUGUUCCCGCAUCCUGAUUAUAUCCAUCCUAGUGCUCAUCGCGCUCUUGAUCUCCUUGAUCUAUCAUGGCAUUGUGAUUGAGAGAAUGGAUCGUUUGAGACAGAUUAUGGUGUUGAAUGAGGAGCAUGCUCAGAAGCUGCAGCCCAUCGAUGAAGAAGCCGCCUUUGUGAUACGUCCGCAAUCGCAGCCCUUUCACAUUCCACUGAAGAAAGCGGAUCCUUUGGUCCUGGCAACUGCCACAAAGAGUGAGGAGCAAUCGCUGCGCAUGAAGCAUCUGCGUUUCAAGUUUCGCUUGAAGCAGAGACUUCGACCAAGACGCAGUCUGCAGGAAGUGGAUCUCAUUGAUCCUCUGCAGCUGGAGGCCAACAUGCAGCAUAUUUAUACCAAGCUGAGAAGCAAGCGUGCCAAGGCGGCAUUAAUCCAGCUGGAGAAUGAAUAUGUGCGUUGCAAGAAACAGACUCAAGAGGAUUGCAUGAAUGCCUUUAUGCGCAUGUAUCAGAUGGCCAAUGAGAUCAAUGAAAAGCUGGGCAGAAUGAGGGAAAUGAUCAAGGGACAACUCGACUCGAGCAGCCUCGAAUCUGUCGACUUUGAACCCUUUGUGCCGGCAAAGAAAACGCGAACAACUGACGCACAAUUGCCAGAGGUGACAACGCCUCUGACAAAUGGCAGCAUUCCCACUCUCAAUGGCACCACUGACACCACACUGAAGCCCAGGAGAGUGAAGAUAAAACCCGCCCAGAUCAGCUGGAUUAUCGAUGGACAUGGACACGAUGAACAGGAGGCGUAUAUGGAGAAUACACCAAGAGCUGUGGCCACCACUGAGCAUAUAAACACGACCUCAACUGUGGAGCACACUACAGUAACCUCUGUGGAGAGUACUAUCACUAGCACCACUGAGAGCAGUAGAACCACCAGCACCACAAUUAAUCCUCUGUCAAGUCUGACAACGGAGCUGCCCGAUUUGGAUGCCAUUGCGGAUAAUAUCACUUGGAUCUUGGAUCGCUUUGAUAAACCCAAAGAGAUUAUACACACUACUGCGGGUGGCAAAAUCAAAGCUGCAACCACUGAAGCUACAGAAAUUUCCACCUUAAAUACAGGGGAAUCGAAUACAGAAGAUGAUCGUCUGGAUUCUAGCAGUUCAACAGCAACUGGUAAAACUGAGCCCACAACAAUGGCUAUGGAAUCACUGACAACCACAGCAGCAGCAACAGAGAAAGAGACACAAUCCUCAGUGGAGCCAAUGUCUACACACAGUCCAAUUACAAGUACACCACUCACCACACUCAGUCCCAGCACAACCACCGCUGCCUUAGAAACUGUCAACUACACAGUGCAUCCCACCAAAUUGAAGCCAAUAAAAUACAGUUGGAUUAUUGAUGGUGCUGAAGACAGCAACGAAGUAAGCAGCAAUAUCAGCACCACUCCACCAGCAACCACAGUGGCAAGCUUUGUCAACGAAACCACCACUGAGAUUUCAAGAGCUGUGCAUCCCUUGGACAAUCCCAGCAGCAUGGAGAACAUGUUGGAGAGUUUUGAGCGAAAUGAGCAGCAAAAGCCGCUGAUUAAAGUGUCGAAUGAAAGCACAACAGUUGCACCACAGCAAACGACUUCAUUUGAAGAGCAAGUGAAUCCACCAAUUAAUGUGCUGCACCACAAUAAAAGCCACAACUCGAAUGUCUAUGAUCGCACACAUUGGAUGCAACAAUUCGAGUUGCAGGCAGCAAAUGCACAGGAUGAACUAAUCGACACCUUUGGCAACGAACUGGAUGCAAAGAGUCUGGAGCAAAUGGGUCCUAAACUGAAUCCAGUGAAUGGCAAGACUACAAAUGCUGGCGAUGCCCAACUCAUCACAUUGUGUGCACACAUUGCGCGGAAGAUGAGACAGAAGGCGGCCUCGGAGUUGGCCCACGGUGGACUCGGGGACACGGAGACCUUUACGGCCUCGCCCAGUGUGCAGUUUACGAGUCGUGGCCCUGGCGGAUUUCCCGUAUCCGGCGAGACAAUGAAGGCUUCGGCACAGUUUAUGUUCAAUCCGAACUUUGGCAUGCCGAGUAUUCCGGUUUGUUUCUACAUGACGCCAGCGAACUUCCGGAUGCCCAUGUGGUCGCCAACGCCAUCGUUUAUGGGCAUGCAGGGCGGACACUUUGGUGGCUCCUCCAAUGCUGGUGGCAAUGGCGGCAUCUUCUUUGUGCCCCAGCAACAAUUCGGACCGACGGGCAAUUUCUUUGGCGGCACAGCGGGCACAGCUGGUGGUUCACAGAAUCAGCUGCCGAACAUCUUCUCGAAGAAUGCCUCACCUCAGAAGCAGGGCAAUGGACAGCAGCAGGUCUACUGCACCUACAUGCAGAAUCAGAACCAGGCUCACAACCAGGCACAGACUCAGCCCAUCCAAGGGAAUCUCUCGCCGGGCAGUCAGUCUGGUUUCUCCAAUGCCAACUUCAAGAUGCGUCAUGCGAAUCAAACGGGAGUCGGCGCCCAUCAAAGUCAGAUCAUCUACGCCUCCUAUAUGGACGCGCCGCAACAGAUGCUGGAGCGGCACAGCUGCCCGGCUGCGGAUCAGGUGGCCUGCUAUGGGAAGAAGGAAUGUAUUGCCGCCUCCAACUGGUGCAACAAUGUCGUGGAUUGCUCCGAUGGCAGCGAUGAAUCCGCCUGCACCUGCGCCGAUCGCCUGGAUGAGGAGCGUCUUUGCGAUGGCUACGAGGACUGUCCCAUGGGCGAGGAUGAGCUGGGCUGCUUUGGCUGCGAAUCCCUGGCUCACUCCUGCUACGCGAAUGCGGAGGAAUAUGCUCGACACAAUCGCUCCACCUUGUCCAUGUGCUACAGUCGCCUGGAGCGCUGUGAUGGCUUCCAGAACUGCUUCAAUGGUCGCGAUGAGUUGCACUGUAAUAUGCUGGUCACGGAUGUGGCAACUCACAUGUCCCAUGCCGCAUCUGCCUCCGAGGGUUAUCUGUAUAGGAAUCAUCGUGGCGAUUGGUAUCCGGUGUGCAACAAUGGUGGCAAGUGGGCAGCAGCUGCCUGCGAGCUGCAGGAUGUGAAUCAACCCACAGAUCUGAGCUUCAGGCAGUUGACAUUGUCGGGUCCAUUCAUUGAGCCCUCGCUGCAUGCGGGAAUUCACUUUGCCCAGGGCUGUCAUGGACGCAAUGAUCACGAUACGCUGGUGGAUCAUGUGGCGUAUGUCAAGUGUCCGCCUGUAAAAUGUGGAUUACCCAGUAGGCAGCCAGAGCAGCUUAUAAAACGCUCCAAGAGAGCAACGUUUAAGGAUCCAGAGGAGCAGGAGAAGGGAAGAAUUGUAGGUGGCGGUUAUGCGAAUCCUUUGCAGUGGCCUUUUGUGGUGGCCAUCUAUCGGGAUGGCAAGUUCCAUUGCGGAGGCACCAUCUACACAGAGCGUUGGAUCAUCAGUGCUGCUCAUUGUGUCAUUAAUUUUUCCAAGUAUUAUUAUGAGAUACGUGCUGGACUCUUGCGCCGCUCCAGCUACGCUCCAACCACGCAGAUCCAAACAGUUUCCCACGUCGUGGUGCAUCAGGGAUACGAGCGGAGAAGCAUGCGCAAUGAUCUCUCCCUGCUGCGAGUCGCAUCUCCUCUGCAGUUCAAUCGUUGGGUCAAACCCAUCUGUAUGCCGGACAAGGGACGCACCACCUUUGGCGAUGAUUGGAUCUGGGGACCUGAGGAGCACACUCUCUGCACCGCUGUUGGCUGGGGUGCCAUUAGAGAGAAGGGUCCAAGCAGUGAUCCAUUGCGUCAGGUGAUUUUGCCCAUACGCAAACGCUGCACAGAUCCCGAGGAUCAGGCUUCGGAGGAUGUUUGCGCUGGCGAUCCGGAUGGUGGACGCGAUGCCUGUCAAGGAGAUUCAGGUGGACCGCUCUUCUGUCGCAGUGUGAAUCACACGGAUGAAUGGUAUCUGGCGGGAGUUGUGAGCCAUGGCAAUGGUUGUGGUCGACCCAAGGAGUUCGGUGUCUACACGAGAGUUGCUCUCUACCUCGACUGGCUGGAGUUGGCUGUGAAUCCUCGCCUGCUGCCGGCGAAGCAACCAAUCCAACUCUGUCCAGGAUUCAUGUGCGUCUGGGGUGGGAAACGUUGCAUUGCCCAGCGACAACGUUGUGACCGCCAAGUCGAUUGCUUGGGAGGCGAGGAUGAAGUUGGCUGUGCCUACAACUUUAUACCCGACAUGGUUGGCAGCAAACUGAAUGUGAGUGCAACCACAGAAAGUGAUUAUUAUCCAGAGGAUAUGGAAAAACAAAAGUUGAUAAAUAAACAGCGACAGGAUGUGGCGAUUGAGGAUGAGGAUUUGUUUGCAGACAUUGAAGCCAAGCAGCAGAAUACAACAACAGCAACAACUGCAACGACUGAGAGUUUCAUUUCCACAAUUGUUGAAGGGGAAAACACACAAAUAACUGAGAAUACUGUGGAAAAUGAUGCAACAACAUCAGCAGCAAUGUCAGCAACUUUAGCAACAACACUGCCAGCUGAAGAAACAACCACAUUUGCAACAGCAACAACAUCUCCCACAGCAACAACGUCUCCCACAGCAGCAACCUCUCCCUCAGCAACAACGUCUCCCUCAGCAACAACAUCUCCCUCAGCAACAUUCCCCACAACAACAUUAGCUUCAAUAACAUCCACAACUUUGUCUCCCAGCACAACAACAACUUGGCCAACUUCAACGGAGGAUUUCAUGAGAUUAACAGAUUUAGUUACGCAACUUCUGCAGGAGACAACGACAACGACAACAACAACAAAUGCUAAAGAGUUGACAACCAUAACAACGGAUGCACCCAGUUUAACCACAGCAACUAUUAAAGAAACAACAAUGAAAGGAACAACAACUGAAAUAGAAACAACAAUGAAAGGAACAACAACUGAAAUAGAAGCAACAACUUAUUUAGCAACAACAGCAACAGAUAUAGAGACAACAACAAUUGAGGGUUCUAGCUUGACGAACAACAAUACAACGGAUACUUGGACAGAACCAGCAACAGUGGAGACAACAACGAAAGAGUUAAAAAUAAAAGAGACAUCAGCAAUGGAUACAACAACAAUGGAAACAACAACCAAGCAGACAACAACACAGUCAACAACAAAAGAGUUGACAACGACACCAUUAACAAUAAAAGAUUCAGCUAUGUCAGAGACAAUAAAGACACAUUCAACAUUAGCUCAACCCACAGCAACAACAACUGCAACAACAACUACAAGCACUACAACUACAACAACAUCGGCAACAACAACCACAACAGUACACAGCAAAGUUAGCCCAAAGUCGCAGCUGCUUCACAAGUUUAUUUGUCAAAAAAUGCCACAAAUUGUGGAUCUGUCGCAUCGCUGUGAUCGCAAACUGGACUGUGAGGAUGGCACCGAUGAAUUGGACUGCAAUUGUCGGGAUUAUCUAAAGGGCAGUCUAAGUGUCCUCAUAUGCGAUGGAAAAUCGGACUGUGAGGAUCUGAGUGAUGAACAGAAUUGUGGCAGCUGUCAGGAUAACGAGUUCCACUGUGCGCUCUCCAAGAGCUGUUUGCCGCUCUCCAAGCGUUGUGACAAUGUCGUGGACUGCAAGUUCAAGGAGGACGAAAAGGAUUGCUUUGCCUUAACCAAUGGCCAUGAUGUGCAUUACGAUGCCCAUCAGCAGCCCAGGUUCAGCAGCGUUGGCAUCUUCUCCAAGAAUGCACAUGGAACCUGGCGAGUUGUCUGUGCCCAUGAGACGGGAUUCCAUGAGCAUCAGUCCGAAACGGCGGAUUCAGUGUGUGCUCUGUUGGGUUUCCAUGGUGCACACUUUUACAACAGCAGCGAGUUUGUUAGCCAGAAGGGAAUGCAUGCCAUAACACCAGAGUUGUCGAAGCAGCGAUUUCUGGUUGGAGCACCUCUGGAUGCUCUAAUGGGUGACAAUGAGCACUUUUUACCCCAUCAUGAUCAGACUCAUCAUCAUCGAAAGCUGUCCAGGCAGCACAAGGAUGCCGUUCACACCAAUUCCCACAAGUGUCUGGGCAUCUAUGUGGAAUGUAAUCCACGUGCGAAUACAACAGUUCCCAUCAAGACAUUCAGCGCUGGACAGGCUGUCAAACCGAAUCCCUCGGAUCAUCUGCCAGCCUUACUUCCCACUAUUGAAACUCACAAUAUGCCCAAUGUGCACUUUAAGCCACAUUUGCCAGCACAAAUGGUCAACAAGAAGGAUGAGAUAAUGGAUCGCUUGGACAUUUUGAUCAAGAGCAAGAAAAACAAGACAUUGCUGGUGCAGGAUCAGCUGCAUGAGGCCAUUGAGGAGCUGCAUUGGCCCUGGCUAGCAGAUGUCUAUGCGAAUGGCGAACUCUGGUGUCUGGGCGUGCUCCUGGAUAAGCACUGGCUCCUCGUACACGAGAGUUGUCUCUCAGGCAUCAGCUUUGAUACCCACUAUAUUACCGCUCUGUUUGGUGGUGGCAAGACUCGACGCUCCUUGCAUCGCAGCAACCACGAGCAAAUUCGCCGUGUCGACUGCUUUGAGGCGGUGCCCAGGUCAAAUGUUCUGCUCUAUCAUCUGGAGCAGCCGGCUAGAUUUACGCACCAUGUGCUGCCCACCUUUUUGCCGGACACAUCAAGUCAGCAGGAAGAGGAGGCAGAGGAUUGCAUCAGCGUGCUGCAUGAUGAUCUCUCCGGACGCAUUAAAACCGUGGCCAUUACCAAGUCGAACAGUGAUAGCGACUGCAGUUCCUGCUAUCAGCUGCAGGAGCAGCGACCGCCUGGCAAUUUAAUGCGAAUGCUUAAUGUCAGCGCCGAGGAUAUGGCUUCCAUAUCAGAGGAAGUGGAACUGAUAAGCGGUGUCGCUACCAAGGAGCUGCCUGCUCUAACAAAAUUCACCAGCUGCUCGCAGUUUGGCCAGAAGAACUACAGUGACACUCAGAGUCAUCCCAGCGAUCAGGGCGUGCUUGUCUGUCGCCACGCCCACUCGGGCUGGUAUCCCACCGCCAUUUUCAGCUAUAACAAUACAAAUUGUCACAGCUUCAAGGCGCCUUUUGGCAUCCGGACACUGGAACAGUCCUACAGAACGCUGCAGGAUAUAAUGGAUCAAGCACAUUGCAACAAUGUGCAGUCAAUGCCAGCUUGUGCCACACAUCGUUGUCCUUUGGGCGCCUGUUUGUCGCAGUCCUCUUUAUGCGAUGGUCGCAGCGAUUGCCAUGAUAAUAGCGAUGAGGAGGAAUCCAAAUGCCGUGAGCUCAAGCAACGCUGUGCACCGGGUGAAAUGAAAUGCCGCUCCAGCUCCAAGUGUGUGCACAAGAGCAAGUUCUGUGACCAUGUGCCAGACUGUGAGGACAUGACGGAUGAACCCACCAUAUGCAGCUGCUUUACGUAUUUACAAGCCACAGAUCCGUCCAAGAUCUGUGAUGGCAAGCGCAAUUGCUGGGAUAAAAGCGAUGAGAGCUCCGUGCUCUGCAAUUGCACGGCGGAUCACUUUCAAUGCACUUCCUCUCCGGGGGAUUGCAUACCACGUGACUUUGUGUGCGACAAGCAGCCGGAUUGUCCCAAUGGCGAGGAUGAGCGCUACUGCUUUGGCAUUGAGCAACCGCUGCAGGAGCAACAAAUGGACUAUUGGUCAGGUCAUCAGCACUCUGGGUCACAGUAUGGCCAGGUUAUUGAGCAGUCGUAUGGCAUUUGGCACACCAAAUGCUUUCCCAAGAGCACACCUCCAAGCACCGCUGAAGUGCGUGAGAUUUGCCGAAAACUUGGCUAUAAUCCGGAUCGACAGCCCAGCUAUAGACUCAUAGACGAUGCCGCCAAUGAGGCAGUGCGUACUUAUGAGUGGGCAGAUCGACGAGGACGCAAUUUCAGCAAUGACACCUUGGUGGGCAAGUAUCGAGACUCCACCAAGGCGCAGAUCAUUAGUAAAUUCUCCCCGCUGCAAUUAAAUGAGCGUCUCACGCUCUUCCUCAAACCAAGUCGUCCCAUUGCGGAGCUGGUCAGAUGGAACUCCACGGAUUCGAGUCAUUGCUUCAGGCUGGAAAUACGCUGUGCCUGAUUUUCCGAUUUUCCUAUUUGUUUUUUUCUUUUUGUACGUUUUAGUAGCAAAAUAAAAAACAACAUUCAAUUUUUAUAAUUA